AUGGCGGCCCCGGGCGGGCCCCUCGGCGGGGCCGGACCCCUGGCUCUGCUCCUGGUCCUCCUGCUCCUCGGACCUGGGCUCGGGGAGGAGGUGCAGCGAGGGUGGACGGCCCCCUCCAGCCUCCAUCUCCCUCCAACAAGUGGCCCCCAGGGUCCUGGUCCCAGCCCGCUGAGCCUGCCAUCCGGCGGGGCUAUGACACCCUUCUGGGUCUCUGGACCCCGCAGGACGGCAAGAGAGCCCUCUUUGCUGACCACUGUUGUCCGCAGGGACCUCUACGCUCCGUCAGCAAUAACCAAAUCACCAGCCCCCAGCACCCAGCUACCCAAAAGUCCAGAAUGUGGCCAGCGGCGCAUGAGGAUAGUUGGUGGACUUCCCGCUGCAGAGAAGAAGUGGCCCUGGCAGGUAAGCCUGCAGGUCCAAGAUAAACACAUAUGUGGAGCCUCCCUCAUCGACCACCAGUGGGUGCUGACCGCGGCCCACUGCAUAUACGGCCACUUGGAAUACACAGCGAAGCUGGGAGACAUACAUUUGCAUCAUCAAUCAGCAACGGCUGCAGUAGUCCCCAUCCGAGACAUCGUUAUCCACAAAGAUUAUACCACUAUUGGAGAAAUCACAAACGAUAUUGCCCUCGCUCUGCUCGACUUCCCAGUGAAUUACUCCUCUUACAUCCAGCCUGUAUGUCUCCCGGAAAAGACUUUCCAGGUGCAAGCUGAUACGCGCUGCUGGGUGACCGGAUGGGGCAAAUUAUAUGAAAAUGAUAAAUCAAAGCAAGCACCUCUCAUACUUCAGGAAACUGAUCUGAACAUUAUUCGCUACAAGGAAUGUAACAAGAUUCUCAAGAAGUACCUGUCCAGUUCUUCGGAUGUUGUUAGGGAAGGGGUCGUCUGUGGCUAUAACAACCAAGGAAAGGAUUCCUGCCAGGGAGAUUCUGGGGGACCCCUGGUCUGUGAGUUUAACAAAACUUGGAUGCAAGUGGGGAUAGUGAGCUGGGGCAUCGGCUGCGGUCGGAGUGGAAUUCCUGGAGUUUACACAGAAAUUAGUUACUACAAAGAGUGGCUCUUCCAUCAGUUUAAUCUGUCUUCCUCUGUGGACCCGGAAGUCUUUCUCAUCCUGCUCCUGUCUCUGGUGCUGCCUCUGAACAUCCUAUCCUGA